AUGGACACUCCUACCUAUGAUGAUGCCCACGAUGUUCCCGCAGAAUCCGAGCCCCAGGUAUCCACGGAUUCUUCCUCUCCAGAAAUGCCAAAGCCCUCCCGCUUGGAUGAUCCUUUCAAACCUCGAGUAGGUCGGCAUUUGGUGUGGAAGGAUGUCCAAAUGACUCUUAAAAAGAAGAAGGGUGACGAGCCACAGAAGGUCAUUCUCAAUAAUGUUUGGGGUGAAGUGCCGAAAGGCCAAGUCACAGCCAUCAUGGGUCCAUCUGGAAGUGGAAAAACAAGCUUAUUGAAUGUGUUGGCUGGUCGGGCUUCCAGUAAUGCUCAAAUAUCCAUCACCAGCGAUGUCCGUCUCAGUAAUUAUCAAGUAGAUCCAACCUCAAUUGCUGUGCGCAAACGAAUUGCCUUUGUGGCCCAAGACGAUUCCUUGCAGACGACCGCCACUCCAAGAGAAGCCAUUCGGUUUUCGGCCAAGUUGCGCAAUCCUCGCAAUACCACAGACGAAGAUGUUGAAACAUUGACCAAUCACAUGUUGACGGCACUCGGCCUGGAUCAAUGUGCCAAUGUCUUGGUGGGAGGUGCCUUGCUCAAGGGAAUCUCAGGAGGUGAACGCAAGCGAACUUCGGUCGGUGUGGAAUUGGUGACCAGUCCUACUUUGGUCUUUUUGGACGAGCCAACCUCAGGACUGGAUAGUUUCAAUGCGGUCCAACUUUGUGAACUCUUGAAAAAGGUCGCAGAAGCUGGAUCCAGUGUUCUAUUUACGAUUCACCAACCCUCCUCUGAAAUCUUCAACUCCUUUGAUCGAUUGAUCUUGCUCAAUCAGGGUCGAGUCAUGUUUCAAGGCCCUGUGGCGGAAGUCAACACCUUUUUUGAAGCACGAGGCCAUCCCUGUCCACCCAACUACAACCCCGCCGAUUGGAUCAUGCGGGUGGCUGUGACAAAUUCUGUGGAAGAGCUCGAACAAAGUGGCUAUUUCCCAAAGGACCAUCGCAAGCAUGGGCUACCACAGAGUGGAUCCGUCAAGGAGGCACUAGGACUGAGUGACAAUCCCCAUGAAAAGUCCAAUGGCCAUAAGCCUCCUGGUAUUCUUGCGCAAAGCAAACUCUUGCUCGCCCGAGAACUGAAGAAUCUGGUUCGAGCCACGCAUGCUCUCAAGACUCGGAUAGUAAUGACCGUGAUGAUCAGUUUGUUUACCGGGUUCCUCUUUUUUGGGGUUGCUGAUUUGCCAUCUGACAAAUUCAUCAAUCUUCAGUCGACAUUUGGAGCUCUUCUCAUGUCGCUCAUGGCCAAUGUGUUCUCGACGGCAUUGCCCAGUUUGGUGGCCUUUCCCGAAGAACGACCAGUCUUUUUGCGAGAGUACUCCACCAAUCACUACUCGGUAUUGUCGUACUUUUUAUCACGACUCUUUAUGGAACUCUUGGUGACUGCCCUACAAGUCACUGUCAGUACGAUGAUUACAUACUUCAUGGUUGGCUUCAAUGCAGAUUAUGUCAUCUUUUGGACAGGAAUCUAUCUCAUGGCAUGUGCUUCUACAGCAUUGGGUGUUCUGAUUGGAUCGUCCGUGAAGAAUGCAUCCGUGGCCAUUGAAUAUCUUCCAGCCGUCUUUAUGCCACAAAUCUUGUUCAGUGGAUUCUUUAUUCCGCCCGAGCUAAUGCCAGACUGGCUUUCAUGGUUGACCUAUAUCAUGCCACUGAGUUAUGGAGUUCGCCUCGUGGCGGGAUCCGAGUUUGAUGGAAGUUGCCAAGACAUGAUCUCUCCAGCAACCAACACAACCAUGAACAAUUGCGACAUGAUUCUUGAAAACAUCAAUUCGAAUGUGGAUGACUUUUGGUGGUAUUAUUUGGUGCUCCUGUGUCUCUUUGUUUUCUUUCGCCUAUUGGCGCUCUUUGUGCUCGAACGAAAGGCAAAGAACUUCUAUUGA